AUGGCGGGUGCGGGUGUGGGUUACUCGACUUCUGCUGGUGCUUCUGGGGACCAGGAGCAGGAGCAGGAGCAGGAGCAGGCGCAGGCGCAGGUGCAGAUCUCGCAGGGUGAGGAUGCAGAACAGGUUCGGGGGGGAUUGGACCGGUUGCUUGAGAAGGGGUGGGUGUUGGAUGGGGAGGGGAUGGGGAUCCAGAAGACGUAUUAUUUUCGGUCUUAUUUUAAGGCUGUGGUGGGUUUUCUCUUGAUUGUUGUUCUUCGCGAGAUAUCUAGGGAGGCUGAUUGUUUGGUUGGUGCAGAGCUUUGUGAAUGUGGUUGCGUCGCAGAGCGCGAUAAAGAAGCAUCAUCCUACCAUGACUGUUGUUGCGAUAUGCUGAUGGUCCGUGGUGAUAAGAGGAUUGGAAGCGUGGAUGUGCAUUGGACGACGCAUAAUCCACGAGGACUGUCGUCGAAAGACAUUGCUAUGGCGCAGCAUUGUGAGGAGGGAGCGCAGUUGAUGGGGGCUGUUGCCGAGGCGCAGGGGAAGAAGUGCUCGCUGCCCUCGGUGACUCUGCUGGGAACUCCCUCGCGUGAGCGUGAAGCCUAG